AUGGCGCCAGGAGGUGGUGGAAAUAUCAAGGUGGUGGUGAGAGUACGGCCGUUUAAUAGUCGAGAAAUCGAACGAGGGGCAAAAUGUAUCGUGCAGAUGAAAGAUAGCCAGACGGUCCUCACGCCGCCGCCAGGAGCCGAAAAGGAAUCGCGAAAAGGCGGAAAUAAGGCCGCUGGGGAAGGACCAAAAUCGUUUGCCUUUGAUAGGUCGUAUUGGUCCUUCGACAAGAAGGCUCCAAACUAUGCCGGUCAGGAUAACCUUUUCUCGGACUUGGGUGUGCCGCUUCUGGACAAUGCCUUUCAGGGCUACAACAACUGUAUCUUCGCCUACGGUCAGACUGGUUCCGGAAAGUCAUACUCGAUGAUGGGAUACGGCAAGGAGUAUGGUGUCAUUCCGCGGAUUUGUCAAGAUAUGUUCGAGCGCAUCAAGACGAUACAGGAGGAUAAGAACCUUACCUGCACGGUGGAAGUUUCGUAUCUGGAAAUCUACAACGAGCGGGUUCGCGACUUGCUCAACCCGUCGAACAAAGGCAACCUCAAAGUCCGUGAGCACCCAUCCACGGGUCCGUAUGUCGAAGAUCUCGCCAAGCUUGCGGUUCGCUCCUUCGACGAAAUCGAGAACUUGAUGGAUGAGGGAAACAAAGCGCGAACGGUUGCCGCCACGAAUAUGAACGAAACAUCUAGUCGAUCGCACGCCGUGUUUACGUUGAUGCUUACACAAAAACGGCAUGAUGCAGAGACGAGCAUGGAUACAGAGAAGGUGUCACGGAUCAGUUUGGUCGAUCUUGCGGGUUCGGAGCGAGCGAACUCGACUGGAGCCACUGGAGCCAGGUUGAAGGAAGGAGCAGAAAUCAACAGAUCGCUUUCAACGCUUGGGCGUGUCAUUGCGGCCCUAGCGGACGCGGCUGCAGGAAAGGCCGCGAAGAAGAAGCAGGUACCGUAUCGUGAUUCAGUACUUACGUGGUUACUCAAGGAUUCCCUCGGAGGUAAUUCAAUGACAGCAAUGAUUGCCGCCAUCUCUCCUGCCGACAUCAAUUUCGAUGAGACUCUGAGUACUUUACGUUAUGCCGACUCAGCGAAGCGGAUCAAGAACCACGCAGUCGUCAAUGAAGACCCCAACGCGCGGAUGAUCAGAGAACUCAAGGACGAGCUAGCUCAGCUACGAGCCAAACUUGGUGGUGGUGUGGCGGGUGGUGCGGCGACAGGGGCUGGUGGCGGAGUGAUUGCAGACGAAGUAUAUCCACCGGAUACGCCCAUGGAAAAGCAAAUGGUCUCUAUCCAGCAACCGGACGGUACUGUCACCAAAGUGAGUAAAGCUGAGAUCGUGGAGCAGCUGAAUCAGAGUGAAAAGCUGUACAAGGACCUCAACCAAACUUGGGAAGAGAAGUUGGUGAAGACCGAGCAGAUUCAUAAAGAGCGCGAAGCAGCCUUGGAGGAACUCGGUAUAAGUAUCGAGAAAGGCUUUAUUGGUCUCAGCACGCCAAAGAAAAUGCCACAUUUGGUCAACUUGAGCGACGACCCACUGCUCGCCGAAUGUCUAGUGUAUAACAUCAAGCCCGGAGUCACUCAAGUUGGCAAUAUGGACCAAGGGAGCCACGUCGAGAUCAGAUUGAAUGGUUCAAAGAUCUUAGCGGAUCACUGCAAAUUUGAAAAUGUGGAUAAUGUGGUUACGAUCUUGCCUAGUGAGGGCGCUGCGGUCAUGGUCAAUGGUGUGCGCGUUGACAAGCCUAAGCGGUUGAAGAGUGGUUAUCGCAUAAUUCUGGGCGACUUCCAUAUCUUCCGGUUCAAUCACCCUCAGGAAGCAAGGGCUGAGCGAGUAGAACAGAGCUUACUUCGUCAUUCCGUCACGACGAGCCAACUCGGCUCUCCCGCGCCGGGCAAAAACCAUGAGCGAAACAUCAGCAAAGCUUCGGAUUUGGACUGGGACUCAAGCAGAGCCGACUCUCCGAUGGGAUCUCAGCGUGGGAGAGAGUCUGACUGGUUCUAUGCGCGCCGUGAGGCUGUGAGCGCAGGGACGGAUCCGGAUCGGCUUGCCCAUAUGCCUGAUGAUGAGCUCGAUGCUCUCUUUGAGAAUGUACAAAACGCAAGGGCAAACCGACGUGGCCUGUUGGAGAACGAAGAAGACUCGGAUUCUCUCAGUUCAUAUCCGAUUCGCGACAAGUACAUGUCUAAUGGCACUAUGGACAACUUCUCUCUGGACACCGCUAUCACAAUGCCAGGGACACCUCGCCACGGCGAUGAGGAUGCCACCCUGCAGUCAGUGCGUCAGGACAUGCAGCGGCAACUGGAGCGACAAAAGGAGCAGUAUCUGGAUAAGCUGAGGGACUCCGAAGCUUCACCGAGUCAAGGUAUCGAUGACUUACGGUCUGAGAAGGUCCGCAUGGAGGAUGCUCUUCGAGCGGCGAAAGAAGAAUACGAAGAGCAGCUUAGAAAGCAAAAAGAAGCAUUCGAGAGCCACAUGAAGGAACUAGGCCAGCCGAUGCCGCAAAUAUACGAAAAUGGUUAUCCCAAGUUGAGCCCCAAGGAACUGGAAGUUGCGCGCUCGGUGUUCCAACACUGGUCUCAGCAGAACUAUGUCCGCAUGGCAGAAAAGGUCUUGCAACAUGCUUCGUUGAUAAAGGAAGCCCAGGUAAUGAGCCACAUAAUGGACAAGAAUGUCGUGUUCCAGUUUGCCAUCGUUGACCAUGGGCACAAUAUGGCUUCCUCUUAUGAUCUUGUGCUGAACGGCAUCUCUGGGGACGAAGAUAUAAUCCUUGAUGAUGCCAAGAAGCCAUGUGUUGCAGUUCGGGUCAUUGACUUCAAGCAGAGUGUCAUCCACCUUUGGUCUAUUGAGAAACUCCAGCGCCGCGUCCAGGCCAUGCGACAACUGCACCAGUAUAUUGACCGGCCGGACUACAUCCAGCACUUCAAGCUCGAAAACCCCUUCUCCGAGCCGUGCUCGCCUCAAUACUCCCUUGUCGGAGACGCUGACAUCCCUCUGACAGCCGUGUUUGAGACACGGGUUCAGGACUUUUCGGUGGAUGUCAUUUCGCCCUACACCCAAGACGUGGUUGGUAUUAUCCGACUAUCCUUAGAACCAUCCUCGGCGCAGGCGCCGUCGUCUACUCUCAAGUUCAAUGUUGUCAUGCGUGACAUGGCCGGCUUUACCGAAUGGGAAGGAACGGAUGUGCACGCCCAGCUGUUCAUUCCAGGCAUCUCGGAGGAAGGUGGAGCAACCACGACGCAGAUGAUCAACGGCUUCAAUGAGACGCCGGUUCGUUUCGAGAGCGUUCACAGUAUGAGCCUACCGCUUUCUAGCCCGCGAAAUGCCUCUUUGAAGAUCUGCGUCUAUGCUCGUGUGACCUCCAUGCAUCUCGAUAAACUUCUGAGCUGGGAUGAUAUGCGCGACUCAGCGGAGCAAGGACCGCAAGACCAGAAAACGCCACGUAUCGCUGAAUCCGAGUACUUCUCGGAGGAGAGACAUGAUGUCUUUGCGAGGCUCCAAGUACUUGAGAUGACUGAGACGGGAGAAUACUUGCCCGUGGAAGUGGUGCAAAACAGCCCCACUGAAGUGGGCACAUAUCAGCUUCAUCAAGGGCUCCAGCGCCGCAUAUCUGUCAAUCUCACCUACAGCUCCACGGAAGCUCUGCCCUGGGAUGACCUGACCAACGUUCGUGUUGGGACUGUGCGGCUGCUGGACCCUUGGGGCAAGAUACCUGACCAGGACCUACAAACUCCAGAUGUCCCUCUGAAAUUUAUUCAAGAGCCUAUGGUCAAGGACAAUGCCGAUGGAACGUCCAACAUCACUUUAAUAGGCCAAUGGGACUCCAGUUUGCACGGGUCGCUUCUUCUCGACAGGGUCACUGCAGAAAAAUACCGUGUGCAGGUAACGGUCAGAUGGGAUCUGCAAUCUUCACGCCUACAGGACCCUGUUUCUUUCGAGAUUGACCUGACGCUCCAAGUGCAAGGACGGACUUAUAUUCGCCCGCAGUCGAUGUUCAAGAACUUCUUCAACACCACGCGCGUGGUACACUCCACAGUCCGCAUGUAUUCUGUUGCGGUUCGCCCAGUGUCGGCGAAGCGCGCCGCAGACCUUUGGCGCAUGAACACGCAGAAUGAUUAUGUGAAGGGCGAAGAGUUCCUUACAAAGUGGGCUCCUAGGAAGGUUUCGCUGGUGCGUGACUACAUCACUUCUCGGCGACGACGCAGACGUAUUGCAGAUUUGAACGCCGCGAAGGGAGCACUUAGUGCCAAUAGUCUUAGUGUCGCUUCGCCACCACGAAGCGGGAGGUCAACGCCACUUCGUGCUCAAGAGCCUGAUCGCAGAGUCAAAUUGCUGCAGAAAUACGUUGACCUGUGGACUGCCAAAACCGAACCCAUCGAUGCCAUUCUCAUUCGGAGCAACACCGAGCCGCCUGAACUCGGCGCGGCCUUUGCAUCUCGUGGAAAGUCACCUUUAAGCGAUGUCACAAACAGUAAUAAUGAACCGGGGUCUCUUACGCCGCGAUUCUACGCUACCGUUCAGACCCUCCCGAAGAAUCCCACCGCGUCAAAGACGGGAUAUCUGCUAAUGCCAGACGACACGUAUACCCAUUGGGCGCGACGGUUUGUCGAACUUCGACUACCAUACCUGCAUAUCUAUUCUGUUCCGGAAGGCGACGAAAUCAACGCUAUUAAUCUACGCAACGCGCGAGUCGACCAUGCGCCUGACUUCGCCAGACUUCUAGAUGGUCCCGGAGCUGAUAGGUCACCGAGUGGCCGGCCUAAUGUGUUCGCAGUGUACGGCCCGCAGAACACGUUCCUCUUCGCGGCGCGAACAGAGGCGCAGAAGGUUGAAUGGAUUCUGAAGAUUGAUGAUAGCUACUUCAGUAACAACGCCCCUCGCUCGACGACGAACGGAUCAGGGAGAUGA